GGGGACUAUACUGCCAUACACAUCCAAAAAAGCUACAAAAAUAGUUAGCAACCAUCAGAUCUUUCCGCUUUUGUUAUUAUUUUCACUUUUAUUUUUUUCCCCCGAAUCAGAUCGCUGCCCUGAGAGCGAUCUCAACUUACCCUCCCACCGGACAAACAGGUUACCGGUCACACACACACAUUGCAAAGGUGGAGAAGGCAAAUGAAGAGUGUUGGUAUAGGAAGUGCUUUACCGGUUAAGAGACGAUGGAAAGGUUUUGUAAUUGCUGUGUUAGGUCUUGUUUUUCUCUCAUUGCUUGUCCCUUUGGUGUUUCUCCUUGGCCUUCAUAACGGUUUUCACUCUUCAGGAUAUACAACAACACAACAAAGUUCAGCAUCAGGUGGACUUAGAAUCUACGGUCGACAUAAUACUGUUGGGAAUCAGUCGAAGGGUGAUGAAUCAAAACAUGUGGAUGACCUAAUGAGAAGAUUGGAACCAACUUUUCCCAAGGAUUUUGGGGGAAAUGUUAUUGUCGGGGAAGCGGAGAACAGGACUGCUGGCUCUACUUUGUUGGAUGAAUUGCCCAAAGAGCGCUUAGGAGCAAAUAGUACAGAUGUUAGUCACUUCACAAAUAAAAAGCCGAGCACAGAUGUUGGUGACUCCACAAAAAUAAAGCAGAGCACAGAUGUUGGUGUGUCCACAAAAAUAAAGCAGAACACAGAUGUUGGUGACUUCACAAAUAGAAGGCAUAGCACAGACGUUGGUGCUACGCAUGCUGCCACUGAGAAUAUCAAAGGCAUUGAUGAGGGUGAGAAAUUAUGUGAGCUAAAAUUUGGGAGUUACUGUUUAUGGCGUCGCAAUCAUAAGGAAAAAGUGAAUGAUUUCACUGUGAGAAAGAUGAAAGACUUGUUGUACGUGGCUCGGGCUUAUUAUCCUAGCAUCGCGAAGCUUCCGGCUCUUGACAAGCUGUCACAGGAAAUGAAGCAAAACAUUCAAGAGUUUGAGCGGGUGCUUAGUGUAACUACGGUGGACAAAGAUCUUCCUUCUCUGAUUGAUCCGAAGCUAACUAAGAUGGAAGCUGUAAUUGCUCAAGCAAAGGCAUGCCGUGUAGAUUGCAGUAAUGUAGACAAGAAAUUCAGACAACUGGUUGAUCUAACUGAAGAUGAGGCUACUUUCCAUAUGAGACAGAGUGCCUUCCUCUACCAACUAGCAGUUCAAACCAUGCCCAAGAGUCAUCAUUGCCUGUCAAUGCGACUAACUGUAGAGUAUUUUAGAGACCCUCCACCUGAUAUUGAUCAGUUAUUGGUAGAGAGACAUUUGAAUCCAGAUCUUCACCACUUUGUUAUAUUCUCCAGCAAUGUGCUGGCAUCAUCUGCCGUAAUUAACUCCUCUGUAACGCAUGCAAAAGAAAGUGAGAAUCAAGUAUUUCAUGUGGUAACAGAUAGACAGAAUUACUUUGCCAUGAAGUUAUGGUUCUCGAGGAUUAAGUAUAUGGAGGCCACAGUUGAGGUGUUGAAUAUUGAAGAUCUUAAGUUGGAGAACAAUAAGGUAUCAGCAUCAACUCGUCUUUCCCUGCCUGAAGAAUAUCGCGUCUCCUUCCACAAGGUUGAUAGACCGCCUACAACAGAAUACCUAUCUGUUUUUUCACAUUCCCAUUAUCUUCUUCCUGAGAUAUUCCCUAGUUUGAAGAAAGUUGUUGUCUUGGAUGAUGACAUUAUUGUGCAAAGAGACUUGUCUGUCUUAUGGGGCAUCAAUAUGGAUGGGAAAGUGAAUGGCGCAGUUCAGUGCUGCUCAGUUCGGCUGAUUCAGCUGCGGAAACUUUUUGCUGACAAGAAGUUGGAUGAAACAUCUUGUGCUUGGAUGUCUGGAUUAAAUGUUAUUGAUCUAGCGAGGUGGAGGGAACAAGAUAUUUCCGGAAGAUACCUAAAGCUGGUAACGGAGAUGAAUUCAGAAGAGGCUGUUGCAUUGCGCGCAAGCUUGCUUACUUUUCAGGAUGAAAUUUACGCUCUUGAUGAUAAGUGGUUAUUAUCAGGACUGGGUCAUAAAUAUGGAGUGGAUACUGAAGCUGUGAAGAAAGCGAGAGUACUGCAUUUUAAUGGUAACAUGAAACCUUGGCUUGAGUUGGGCAUCCGCGAUUAUACAGUUUUUUGGCGGAAGUUCCUAAACCAGGAGAAUCCGUUUUUAAGUGAUUGCAAUAUUAACUAGUACAGUAUGGGCUAAUACCUGCAUUUGCUGCUGAAGUUUCAUGAGGUUAUGGGUGAUGAAGUUUGCACAAGUUUCCUGUUUGUGAUCUUGUGUAGAACCGUAUCUGAGGUAGGGGGACUGCGUAUAAUUUGGUGUGGAUAUCUCUAUUGUUUGGUUAAUGAAGGAAAUUUGUUUAACCUCAAGGCAAUGCUAAAGUGAUGCAUAAUACUUGUCAAUGAUGGAUUGCUAUACACCUUCAUCGGCUAAUUUUUGUUGGAGCUGUUAAGGAUAUAGUUUAUGAGGAGAUUACCCGAAAUCAUCUCUGAAGAGCUGGAUAUGAAUCUUGUAAAAAAUGCAUACCUUGGGUUAAAUAUAUGUCUACCGAAAUUGGACGACAAGUACUUGGACCCCUGCUUCACCUGUGAUGAGCAUCUCGGAUCCGCUGUGAUGUGUGAUUUUGCAAUUGACACGUUCAGUGAAUUCUUUCUUGUAGAAUUGGGUCUGUUUGAAUACAUUCUUUCUUAGCAUUGAUCAGGCAUCUCAAUGUUUUAAAGCUUUGCACUAGCUGCUGGAGAAUUGCCAUUGCUGCUAAAAUAUAUUUAGUGUUAACAUAAUAUAACAUUGUUUACCUUCUA